AUGAAAGGAACAAUAGAUAAGUAUCAUCGACAUGCAAAACAAGAGGGGUAUCGCGCGCGUUCCGCUUUCAAGCUGAUCGACGUCGAACGGGAUUUCCACAUCUUUUCGAAUGUCCACAAAGUUGUUGAUUUAUGUGCUGCGCCAGGCAGUUGGAGUCAAGUUUUAAGUUCAUCAAUUGAGGAGCCACGAACCCUUGUAGCGGUUGAUCUUCAAGAUAUUGCUCCUAUCGAUGGGGUGACACUUGUUAAGGGUGAUAUAACAAAAGGCAAGACGGCUAAGGAGGUCAUGUCGCAUUUCGUUGACGGUAAGGCGGACUUGGUCAUCUGUGAUGGGGCACCAGACGUGACAGGAGUUCAUGACAUUGACGAAGCAAACCAAUGGAUAUUGAUGCAAGCAGCAUUUUCGAUCAUGGCAGUUGUUUUAAAAAGUGGUGGGUCGUUUGUGGCAAAGAUUUUUGUUGAAGGGGAACACCCUCAUUUGUAUUUCCAGUUCAAAUCGGUUUUCGAAAGCGUCACUAUUUAUAAACCAGACAGCUCUCGUUCCGCCAGUUUUGAACAUUUUGUGGUUUGUAAGGGAUUUAAAAAUGCGGACACGUGUACAAUCAAGGACGUCCCUGAAAAUCUGGCGGACUUGAGAUUGACAAAGAGAGUUAUGUCACGGAAAACAGAAUCGGUGAAGGUUGAAUUAGAUUUUUAA